AUGCGUUGGGAUACCCUGUCGACCACGGUCCCUGGCUUCUGCCUGGAUCUACGGCCAGGGGCAGGGGUUAGGGCUAAUAUCUGUAUCCGUAUUGCGAAGCCAACCGACCAUACAUCUAAGCGCACGUGGUACCAACCUACGUGCCGCUUCCAGGGUCAUCCCACGAGCGGAGGAGGUACAAAAUACGAUGCAGUCAGCCAGCAAGACAAAGCCAAACAGAAAGCGAUACUAGACGUCAACACUCUUGGACCCGUGCGCCUCUUCCAAGCUACUCUCUCUCUCUCUCCUUCAGAAGUCAUCAUCUGCUCGUUUCAUCCUGGGCAGCAGUCUGAUGGGAACGACUGCAGUGAUCGAAGAUUUUCCCUCAAGAUUCCGCCUUGCGGGCUAGCAAGGCGGCCGCGAACUACUUUACACUACCUUGGCUAUGUACCCUGGUGCGAAGACAAAGGCUGGAAGGCUGCUCGAGCGGCAGGCUUUCCCGGCGCCUUUAUAGAGGUUGAGGAUAACAUGAAUGUAAUUAUCACGAAGAUUGAUGGACUGGCCAAGGGGAACGGCGCGGGAGAGUUCUGGAACAUCGACGGCACCACCAUCGGCUGGUAG